GGCGACCCGAGGGCCCGCGGCCGGGCGGGGAGCGGCGCCGGGCAGGCCUGAGCGGCGGGGGCGCGCCGCCCGGCCCGCGGGGAUGCGGGACCGGCUGCCGGAGCUGACGGCGUGUAGGAAAAAUGAUGAUGGAGACACAACUAUUAUUGUUGAAAAGGACCAUUUUAUGGAUGAUUUCUUCCAUCAGGUUGAGGAGAUCAGGAACAGUAUAACUAAAAUAGCUCAAUAUGUUGAAGAAGUAAAGAAAAACCACAGCAUCAUUCUUUCUGCACCAAACCCAGAAGGAAAAACAAAAGAAGAGCUUGAAGAUCUGAACAAAGAAAUCAAGAAAACUGCUAAUAAAAUUCGAGCCAAAUUAAAGUCUAUUGAACAAAGUUUUGAUCAGGAUGAGAGCGGGAACCGAACGUCAGUAGACCUUCGGAUACGACGAACCCAGCACUCAGUACUGUCUCGGAAGUUUGUGGAAGUCAUGACAGAAUAUAAUGAAGCACAGACUCUAUUUCGGGAGAGAAGCAAAGGCCGUAUACAGCGUCAGCUAGAAAUCACUGGGAAAACCACCACUGACGAUGAACUAGAAACGAUGUUGGAAAGUGGGAAUCCCUCCAUAUUCACUUCAGAUAUUAUAUCAGAUUCACAGAUUACUAGACAAGCGCUCAAUGAAAUUGAGUCCCGUCACAAAGACAUCAUGAAGCUGGAGAGCAGCAUCCGGGAGCUGCACGAGAUGUUCGUGGACAUGGCCAUGUUCGUGGAGACACAGGGUGAAAUGAUCAACAACAUAGAAAAAAAUGUUAUGAAUGCUGCAGACUAUGUCGAACAUGCUAAAGAAGAAACUAAAAAAGCUAUUAAAUAUCAAAGCAAAGCGAGGAGGAAAAAGUGGAUAAUCGCCGCGGCCUUAGUGGUCCUGGUUGCUGUAAUUGCUCUGAUCAUCGGUUUAUCGGUUGGCAAGUGAUGGCCUGGGGGGCAGCCUGGGCGCGCCUCGCUGCCAGGGUGGCGAAAAUGAUGUUCAUUGUUAUUUGUGUAAUUAUUUUGCUUGUGAGCCUUGGAAUUUUCCUAGCAACGACAUUGUCAUAGCAACCAUAUCCCAAGAACUGUUCAUCCUCGGAGACUCUGACCACGUCUGGGACAAAGCCGACGUCCCCUCCGUCCAUGAGUGAAGCCUGGGGGCUGUGGCGUCUGGUGCUGAGAGCCGAUCUACUGGUUAACGAAUGCAGGGAGAAAACACAACAGCACGUUUAUUGCUCAGUGAAAAUACUGUCAGCAGGAUGGAUGUGAUGAGGUAACGCAAGUCACCUUGGACUCCAACUAAACAUAGCAUAAAAAUUUAACAAUGUGAAACUUGUUUCAGUGGCCUUAAAAUAAAUUAUUGAAAAUUUCAAUUUUUUUUGUAUUACAGUGUUAAAAAAUGUAUGUGAAGUUUAAUUAGGAAUACUUUAUGUUAUGAAGCUAUCAGAUUUCAGAUCUCAGACUUGAUUUCCUCCCCUUCACCCAGCUGACAUAUGCUAAUUAAGACAUGCUUUUUAUACUGUGUUUAAUUCAUGUUUAUUUCUUGUUUGUAAAAAAUAAUUUUUACUAAUCACAAAGGCUGUUUUGUCAAAUAUCUAUAAUUUUUAAUGCUUAUAGAUUAACUGUUUAAUAUAUGAACAUCUUAAUUUUCCCCAUUUUAUAUAGUAAAUACUGCCUUUUAAGUGAAAUAGGAAGCUUUAUAAUAUCAGAGCCAUUGUUGAACAUUGUUUACAAAGUUUGCCCUUGUUACAAAAAAUAUUCAUUGCACAGCACCCUGAAAGCCUUCCAAGUACCUUCUGUUCCUCUUGAUAUAUAGAUUUUCAAUGCCUGCUCCCUUGCAGAACAGUCUAGAAUACAGUAUUUGGCUCCCUCUGUGUCCCAUUCCCCAGGAAAGUAGUCACUGCUCUGUAAAGACGGUGGUCUCUUCUUUGUCCACUAUAAAAUGUUUGUGCUUCCCUGUUUACAUGACUAAAGUCUGAAUUUAAGUUUCAUGAUGAAACUAAGAUUUGGUACUCUUUGAUAUCAAGAAAAUUACUCCUAGACAUUAAAUAAAUUUUUAAAAUUUAAACAUUUGUGCAGAUCAUUUAAAAUGUUCUUGUUAAAUACCUGAUAUUCUGCUGAACUUUAAAAGUGAAUUCCCAAAGUUUGGUAGGAAUUUAUGAUAAACAUUUUUAGUGCUCAUUAAAGGUUUUUAGUAGAAUAAUAUUGUUUAUUUUAGCCUCAUAAAUCUGUGAAAUCUUGUUAGUGAACAGCCAUCUAUUAAGAUAGCCAAUUGUCAAAAUAUUAAAUGAGUAUGUGAAGGAUAUCCAAAAUAUUGUUAACUUUUGUUCCUUUUCUGUGUUAUUGUAUGAGCAUGUGACUAUAUUUUAACAUUGUUUGGUUUGAAAAUUAAUAUGGAUGUGCAUGAUUCCAAACAAUAUGUGUGAAUAAUCUUGGAGAGUUUAGAAACUGUGUUCCUUAUUUAAUGCGAUUAUGAAUUACGCUCACUCGUAAGGUAUACACCUUGCCGCCUGUUUGCGCAUUUUAUUUACCCCCCGGCUGUCCUCAGGACUUCAGGGAGUAUUCGGCCCUAACACACAAUUGUUCUGUCUCUAAUAGCCUGUCAGUAGAAAUGCUCCCUGACUUGAGAUUAAAUUGAAUAUAUACCUUGUCUCGAAGGGGUUUAAAUAUGUAGAGAUCAUGCUUGUAUUUAUAUAGCCUGAAACAUUUAUUUCUCUGUAUAAUUAUGCCCACAUGUAGGACUCCGUGCUGCUUUGUGUCCCACUUUUUCGUCACAGUCAGUCUUGGAUGGACUUUGCCUUCUGUGGCCGUCCUCACUGUCCUCGCGGAAGUCGCCCUCCAGGCCUCGGAGGCUUCUGGCCGUGUGUGAGUUGGCCUGUGGCCGGCUCCAGGACUGACGCCUCCGUAUCUAGUCAGUCAUCAAACGGCACGUCUCUUGUGUCAGAACCUCAAACAAAUAUAUUUACAGAGUCAUCUGUUAUGUUUUAGUCUUUCUUCAUAUAGUUGAUGUUUACAUUUUUUAAAAAUUUGCAGAGUACCAAAAAAAGAAAUACUUUCUGUUCUGUCAUUUCUGGAAAUAUUUUUGGGAGAUAUUUUGUUGCAUAUUCAUUAAUAAAUUGUCCUACUAAGAAAA